UUGACUUUAAGCCUCAUGCCAGCAUGGAUACUGUCCAUCACAUGUUACUCUUUGGUUGUAAUGAACCUUCUUCUACUGAAAAUUACUGGGACUGUGAUGAAGGAACGUGCAAAGACAAGUCGAAUAUUUUGUAUGCUUGGGCAAGAAAUGCUCCACCCACCAGGCUACCCAAAGGUGUUGGAUUCAGAGUUGGAGGAGAAACAGGUGGUAGAUUUUUUGUGCUCCAGGUGCACUAUGGGGAUAUUAGUGCAUUUAGAGAUAAACACAAGGACUGCUCUGGUGUAACUUUACAUCUGACACAUCAAAAGCAGCCUUUGAUUGCUGGAAUGUAUCUUAUGAUGUCUGUGAACACUGUAAUACCACCGGGCGAGAAAGUGGUUGAUGCAGACAUUGCCUGCCAUUACAAAAGGUUUCCAAUGCACCUUUUUGCCUACAGAGUUCAUACCCACAGACUAGGUAAAGUAGUGAGUGGAUACAGAGUGAGGAAUGGUCAAUGGACAUUGAUUGGUAGACAGAGUCCACAGCUGCCACAGGCAUUCUAUCCAGUAGAACAUCCUGUAGAUGUUAGCUAUGAUGAUAUUCUCGCAGCUAGAUGUGUGUUCAGUGGUGAAGGCAGAACUACAGAGACGCAUAUAGGGGGAACAGCCAAUGAUGAAAUGUGUAAUUUUUAUAUUAUGUACUAUAUGGAAGCCAAGCAUGCUGUCUCUUAUAUGACCUGCACGCAGAAUGCAAACCCUGAGAUGUUCAGAAAUAUACCGCAGGAGGCAAAUAUUCCUAUUCCAAUCCAGUCUGAUAUGCUGAAGAUGACUCAUGGACAUCAUGAAGAAACCAAGGAUACUGAUAAAAGUUCUUUGCUGCAGCAGACCAAAAAAGAAGAGGAAGAGAUUUUGGAUCAGGGUGAUUUCUAUUCACUCCUUUCCAAGCUGCUAGGAGAAAGGGAAGAUGUUGUGUAUGUGCAUAAGCAUAACCCUACAGAAAAGGCAGAAUCAGAUCUUGUAGCUGAGAUUGCUAACGUAGUCCAAAAGAAGGAUCUUGCCAGAGAGAUCAAAAAUCAUGAUGAGAGGGACAAUACUAUUCUUGUCAGAGACAGAAUUCACAAAUUUCACAGACUAGAGUCUACCUUGAGGCCACCAGAGAGCAGACAUUUCUCUUUACAACAGCCUAAACAUGGUGAGGGAAGCUGGGAAAAAGAACAUACAGGAGAUUUCCACAUAGAAGAGGCUGUGGAAUGGCCUGGGUUAGUCCUCAAACUAGGCCAGGUUUCUGGUUUGGCUCUGGACUCUGAAAAUAACCUGGUUAUCUUCCACAGAGGUGAUCAUGUUUGGGAUGAAAAUUCUUUUGAUAGCAAAUUUGUUUAUCAGCAAAGAGGACUUGGGCCAAUUGAACAGAACACAAUUCUUGUCCUGAAUCCAAGUAAUGCAAAACUGCUUCAUUCCACAGGAAAAAGUUUAUUUUAUUUACCACACGGUUUGAGUAUUGAUAAGAAUGGUAACUACUGGGUCACUGAUGUAGCUCUCCAUCAGGUUUUCAAACUGGGAGCAGAUAACAAAGAACCGUUACUCAUCUUAGGAGAGGCUUUACAACCAGGCAGUGACAAAAAUCAUUUCUGUCAACCGACUGAUGUGGCUGUGGAUCCUAUCACUGGCAGCAUUUAUGUCUCUGAUGGCUACUGUAACAGUCGAAUCAUCCAGUUCUCUCCAAAUGGAUUGUACGUGAUGCAGUGGGGAGAAGAGACUUCUCCAGGCAGAGCCAGACCUGGACAGUUUCAUAUCCCUCACAGCUUAGCCCUGAUCCCCGACUUUAGUCAGCUGUGUGUUGCAGACAGGGAAAAUGGUCGAAUUCAGUGCUUCAGACUGGAGACUGGGGAGUUCAUAAAAGAGAUCAAGCACAAAUCAUUUGGAAGAGAGUUGUUUGCAGUUUCAUAUGUUCCAGGUGGUCUCCUCUUCGCAGUUAAUGGAAUGCCUUAUCCUGGAGAGGCAGAACCAGUGCAAGGAUUUGUGAUGAACUUCUCUACUGGAGAAAUAAUUGAUACUUUUGUUCCCCUUAGAAAGAGCUUUGAGAUGCCACAUGAUGUUGUUGCUUCGGAAGAUAAAACAGUAUUCGUUGGAGAUGUUCAUGCCAGAGCAGUGUGGAAGUUUGCAUCCACAGAAAAAAUGGAACAUCGGUCAGUUAAAAAGGCUGGUAUUGAGGUACAGGAAAUAAAAGAAUCAGAAACAGUUGUAGAAGCCAGAUUGAAAAACAACCCAGAAUCAACAGACCCUCUAAAGAAGCAGGAAAAACAACAUUUGGUCCAGCAGACCAGCACUGGAGUUUCCUUUGUUCUUAUUACAACACUUCUAAUUAUCCCUGUUGUUGUCCUGCUGGCAAUUGUAGUAUUUAUUCGAUGGAGGAAGACAACUCUCUAUGGAGCUGGUGGGGAACACAAGCUUGAUUCAAAUUCAGGCAGAAUUUUAGGCAGACUUACAGGGAAAGGCGGUGGUGGCCUUAACCUUGGGAACUUCUUUGCAAGUCACAAAGGCUACAGCCGAAAAGGGUUUGAUCGACUGAGCACUGAAGGAAGUGAUCAAGAAAAAGAUGAAGAUGAUGGCACAGAUUCAGAGGAAGAGUGUUCAGCACCUCCACCCCCACCAGCACUUUCAUCAUCCUGAAACCAGCUUUUGAGUUCUCCAUUAUUCAAUGCAACCCAGGAUAUCAGAUUCCUUUUCCCUGAAGCACGUUUAAGAUUUUGUGUAUUUAAUUGUAAACUGUACUAGUCUGUGUGGGGCUGUACACUGGUUCCUUCAAUUUUGUUUGGUUUUAGUUCUGUUUUUUAAGUGCAAGAGUGUAUGGAAGUUCCAUAUCAGUGCUGUUGUUUUUUAUGUGAACAUCUUAAUAAAGCAGACCGUCUUGUAGUUGCAGCACUGAUUUAAAGCAGUAGUAUUUUCACAUCUUAAUAUGGGGAUCUUGUAAAUAAGUCUUACUAGCUGCUUCAUCAGGAUAUUUUUCCAUAACUAUUCAGUUGCCAAUUUCUGUUUUGUGCCUUUCCUCUUCAAUGUCCUUAACCUGUUGCAGUACAGAGAAAUUACAGUGCCACAAGAAAAUGAAGCUGCUAAAUCUUCUUCUAUUUUUUUAAAAUCACUAACAUUAUAUUGCAUUGAAGGAAAGAAAAAAGUCUCUAUUUAAUUUUUUUUUCUUCUUCCUAACUUGAUGUGUUUCUGGGAUGUCUUAUUUUUAGAUGGUAUCACUGUUAGAACACUAUUUUCAGAAGUUGAAUGUAAUUUGUGUAAUAAAGUAUUCGCAGAGCA